ACAAAGUACCCAAAAAACAAAAAUUCCCCCUUAACCCGAGGAGGGGAAAAAGUUUACAAAAAUGAAAAGUCCUGUGAGGCCCCUGAAAGUUGACUCCAACUACCACAAUGCAACAGUGCGUCUCCUAGCUACGGCUUCGGGAGCUACGCCCCAAGAAAAAGUGGGAGGCUUGCCCCGAAGAGGGCUCAUUGUAGAGAUGAUAGUGUUCGAACCCCCCUUAACAGGCUGGUUAGCAGUGACGGGAUUAAAAAAGUCAGCUUUGCUCAGUCUCCGCCAGCCAGAAAAUAGGUUUCCGUCCGCGUGAAUCAUGCCCGUCGUCUCCUCCGCCGGCAGGGAGUGGAGGCAAAAUUGUGCAAGAUACGGAUAGCAGCGCGUAGAGGUCCGCGCGGAUCGAGUCACGCUUUAGGUCUCCUCCUUCAGUCCUUGUGCCGUGAAAAUGUCUCAUCAGGGUCUCCGCCGCAGCUCGGACCUACUUCUGCCCCCCUCACAUGUGUUUUAAAUCGAAGAAGAAGAAGACGUGACCUGAACCUGACGAGAGCUGAAACAACCAAAGAGCUCGCGGAACUCUCUCAACAGUCGCCGCGCGGAGAUUUUUUCUUCAAGAGGGAAAAGUUGUAGCGUAAGGAGAAAACAUGGGGAACGCAGGGAGCAUGGACCAGACCACUUACUUCAAGGGCCACGGCGUGCCAACCAAACUGCCCAUGCCUGAGUCAGGUGAACUGGAGGAGAGGUUCGCCAUCGUUUUGAACUCAAUGAAUCUUCCUCCAGACAAGGCACGACUGCUGAGGCAGUACGACAACGAGAAGAAAUGGGAACUAAUCUGCGAUCAGGAGCGAUUCCAGGUGAAAAACCCGCCACACACGUACCUCCAAAAGCUGAGAAGUUAUCUGGAUCCAGCUGUUCCAAGAAAGAAAUUCAGACGGAGGGUACAGGAGUCCACCCAAGUCCUGAGAGAACUGGAAAUUUCCUUACGGACCAAUCAUAUAGGGUGGGUGAGGGAGUUCUUGAAUGAAGAGAACAAGGGCCUGGACGUGCUGGUGGAGUACCUCGCGUUUGCUCAGUAUGCCGUCAACUACGAUGGUGACUCUGUGGAGAACACAGAGGAUGCUUUGGAUAAGUCCAAGACCUGGAGUCGCUCUAUUGAAGACCUGCAUCGAGGAGGCAGCUUUCAUCACGGGGGCACCAUGCGUCGAGGAGGCACCCUGCCUCCCAGUACCACUGGUAAUGGCAUCACCCGCAUUGGGCGGAAUUCCACCUUACGCUACAGCACUAUGUCAAUCCGGCGAACGCUAAAAAACUCCAGGCUUGUUUGCAAGAAAGACGACGUCCACGUCUGCAUCAUGUGCCUUCGUGCCAUCAUGAACUACCAGUAUGGUUUUAACAUGGUCAUGUCACACCCACAUGCUGUGAAUGAAAUUGCACUAAGUCUCAACAACAAAAACCCAAGAACCAAAGCUCUGGUUUUGGAGCUCCUGGCGGCCGUCUGUCUCGUGAGAGGUGGCCACGAGAUUAUCCUCUCUGCAUUCGACAAUUUUAAGGAGGUUUGCGUGGAGACGCAGCGAUUUGAAAGGCUAAUGGAGUACUUCAAAAAUGAAGACAACAACAUCGACUUCAUGGUUGCGUGUAUGCAGUUCAUCAACAUUGUGGUGCACUCGGUGGAGGACAUGAACUUCAGAGUUCACCUGCAGUAUGACUUCACCAAACUGUGUUUAGACGACUACUUGGAUAAACUAAAGCAUACAGAAAGCGAUAAGCUGCAGGUCCAGAUCCAGGCCUACCUGGAUAAUGUGUUUGAUGUGGGAGCCCUGCUGGAGGAUGCAGAGACCAAAAAUGCUGCCUUGGAGCGUGUGGAGGAGCUGGAGGAGAACAUAUCACAUAUGACAGAGAAGCUGCAGGACACAGAGAAUGAGGCAAUGUCCAAGAUCGUGGAGCUGGAGAAGCAGCUGAUGCAGAGGAACAAGGACCUGGAAGCCAUCCGGGAAGCUUACAAAGACACCAGCUCCCAAAUUCAGUCCCUGCGACAGAUGCUGAAGGAGAAGGAUGAGGCCAUCCAGCGACAAAGUAACUUGGAGAAGAAGAUCCACGAGCUGGAGAAGCAGGGAACCAUCAAGAUCCACAAAAAGGGAGACGGCGACAUUUCCAUUCUGGCAUCCUCUCCUGCCGGAGUUGAGGGUUUGACGGGGUCCACGGCGACAGGAAACGGGCCUGCUGUCAAUUCAGAUCAUUCGGGAGCUGGUGGGGGCAUGGCCGGUCCACCUCCACCACCUCCUCCACCCCCUCCUUUGCCAGUGAAUGGCACAUUACCAAACGGACCACUACCAUCCGUUUCAGUUCCAGCCCAGCCUCCACCGCCACCCCCUCCUCCUCCUCCGCCCCCUGGAUUGGCCUCAGACUUAUUCCCUUCCGCCCCUCCACCUCCUCCCAUGCCCCCCCCACUGCCAGGAUGCGGGACGCCCACUGUGAUCAUGAACUCUGGCUUAGCAGAGGGACCCAUCAAACUGUUCUCUGUUAAGAUCAAGAAGCCCAUCAAAACCAAGUUCCGCAUGCCCGUCUUCAACUGGGUCGCCCUGAAACCAAACCAGAUCAACGGGACCGUCUUUAAUGAGAUCGAUGACGAGAGGAUACUUGAGGACUUAAACGUUGACGAGUUUGAGGAAAUGUUCAAGACUAAAGCUCAGGGCCCCCCAAUAGACUUCAACGUGAGCAAGCAGAAGGUGAUCCAGAAGGGCCCCAGCAAAGUCACCCUGCUGGACUCUAACAGAGCAAAGAACCUGGCCAUCACACUGAGGAAAGUGGGCAAGACAACUGAGGAGAUCUGCAAGGCCAUUCAGCUGUUUGACCUGCGGACUCUGCCGGUGGAUUUUGUGGAGUGCCUGAUGCGCUUCCAGCCCACGGAAAAUGAGGUCAAAGUCUUUCGGCAAUUUGAGAAAGAGCGCAAGCCUGUGGAAAGUUUGACCAAUGAGGACCGGUUCAUGAUGCAGUUCAGCAAGAUCGAAAGGCUCAUGCAGAAGAUGACUAUCAUGGCCUUCAUCGGCAACUUCAGCGAAAGCGUGCUGAUGCUCACGCCGCAACUGCACGCGGUCAUUGCAGCGUCUGUGUCCAUCAAAUCCUCACAGAAGCUGAAGAAGAUUUUAGAGAUUAUUUUGGCUCUUGGAAACUAUAUGAACAGCAGCAAACGAGGAGCUGUUUAUGGAUUCAAGCUGCAAAGCUUAGACUUGUUACUUGAUACCAAGUCAACAGACCGAAAGUUGACUUUGCUGCAUUACAUUGCCAACGUGGUAAAAGAGAAAUACUCGCAGGUUUCUCUCUUCUACAACGAGCUGAAUUAUGUUGAAAAAGCUGCAGGAGUGUCGCUGGACAACGCCCUGCUAGAUGUGAAGGAGCUGCAGCGAGGCAUGGAUCUGACCAAAAGGGAGUACAGCAUGCAUGGCCACAACACCAUGCUCAAAGACUUCAUCACACACAACGAGAGCAAGCUGAAGAAGCUGCAGGAUGACGCCAAGAUUGCACAGGAUGCCUUUGAUGAGGUGUUGAAGUUCUUCGGGGAGAACUCCAAAACGACUCCACCGUCUGUUUUCUUCCCUGUGUUUGUGAGAUUUGUUAAAGCAUACAGGCAAGCGGAGGAGGACAAUGAGCAGAGGAAGAGACAGGAGCAGAUUAUGAUGGAGAAACUUCUAGAACAAGAGGCCAUGAUGGAGGAAGACCAAAAGUCUCCCUCCCACAAGAACAAGCGGCAGCAGCAGGACCUGAUCCAAGAGCUGAAGAGGAAGCAGGUGAAAGACAGCCGGCACGUCUAUGAGGGCAAAGACGGAACGAUAGAAGACAUCAUCACGGAACUAAAGAAGAAUAAUAUUACUAAAUUUCCAAAUGUCUACUUGAGGGUAAGGAAGUCCUCCAGUAGCCACCCUGUAGUGGAUGUAUCCCCAAAAUGAUUUGAGGAACCAACCAUACCGGCGAGCGGACGCCGUGCGGAGGAGCGUCAGGAAACGUUACGAUGAUCAGAACCUGCGGCUGGCGAACAAUGGAGAAAUAGUCAUGUGACGAGGGAGCAGCGAACGUGAAGAGGGAAGGGAGGGGAGGAUGGAAUAAAAGCAAGUCAGGUGAAGGGGGACGCGCAUUUGUAGCAUCUAUAUUUGUACAAAAGAUUUCCUGCGUGUUCCGUCGUGGCUGCGUUUCACAAUGAAGGAACUGGAACUGAAUUUGUCUGAAAGUAUGAAUCACUUUAGAAGAGCCAAGUGCCUAAAUUAAUGUGUAUUUUUUGUGAUUCUGUUUCUUUAGUAUUUUUUUUUGUAUAACUCCACUUAAAAGCAAUACACCCCGACCUGGCUUUAAUGUUUAAAUGUGUCAAACUGGACAUGCAUGGGCCUUUGGAGCCGUGUGAAUAAGAAGUUGGAAGGAUAACAUAGAAUGUACGGGACCUGUUCCCUUUAGCUGUUACAAACUUUGUUUUUUCUUUGUUUUUGUAGCAAAAUGUCUCCCGCUCUGUGUCUUGGUACAUUCCGGCGCUCUUAUCCAUUCCACUUUUUCCCCCCACAUAUGAGGAGUCUCAGUUUUACUUAAAGGGCUGAUUGAAGAAAACCUAUAUUUGUACGACAGUAGCAAGAAGAGAAAUACAAAAGAAUAGCGGACUAAUGUGAAUUGUAUUUAUUUUCUAAGUUAAAGCCACACUGACGUCUUUAUAGGAUCAUAGAUAAAUGAGGGUUCACUAAAACUACGUUUAACAGGCCUGACUUUGAGUAGCUGCAGAGGUUUUUGGGAGCAAAUGAAGCCGACUUUAAAACCGCAAAGCAACAAACUGCAUGACUUAAUACAAAACUCGCACUGAUUUCAUCAAAACUGGACAGAAGUGACUGUUUUUACUGGGUCUGCUAACAACACAGGUUUUUCUUACGUCACUGUAAUUAUGAUGUAUAGUAUUUAACUGCUUAAAAGAUUCGUCGCCACCUCGUUUUCUGUUUAUAUCCACUCAAAAACUGGACAAAAGCUCUCAUCACAACUGCUUUUCAUUGUACCGACAUUUUGCUGUUUUUUAUUUUUAUUUUAUUUUUGGUUAUAAUUUUGUAAAUAUUGUUUAAACAAACUCCUUGCCUUGUGUUAUCCAACUUGAAUUUUAUUUUUAACUUAUAGAUUUUGUUUCGUGUGUAUUAAAUUAAGCCAAGCGGACAGUGAAGGUUUGAUGUGAGGAGGCGGGGCUUUGUGUUCAGGUGUGUCACAGGUAAACCAUGCAGAGAGAAAACCUACUCUCCAGACCUCCUGUCCUUCUCUCUGAACCACUCAACUUCUGUCUCUUACUGUGUCAAACUGGCUAAUGCUGUUUUUUUUUUUUUUAUUCUCUCCAAAAGAUUAUCAUAGAAAGCUUCUUCUCAGUUCAGAAUAACAAUUUUUUUUAUAACAAUGUGAUUAUGAGAUUUUCAAAAAAUACAAUAAACUAUUGACAUUAAAUAUAAAAAAAA